GCCUGAGAAGGGGCCGUGGAGGACACCCUCCCACGUGAGACUUCAGGGAAAUCAUUCUCGUGACGAGUCACCCUCUGUCCCAUAGAAAACCUCAUCCACGUCAAAAUGACAGGAAAAAAAGGCAUUUGAACCAAUUCAACAAGAAAAGCUUAACCUCUUCUAAAUGCUCCUGGGCUCCUCUUCCGUUCUCAUCACUGACUUCUUUCCUUUGUACCUUCAUAGGCAGCAAAGGGCAGCAAUGAGAAACCACACCUAUAUGACAGAAUUCAUUCUGCUGGGACUGACAGACAUUCCAGAGAUUCAAUUUGUAAUCUUUAUACUUCUCUUCCUCACCUAUGUAUUCAGCAUCUUAGGUAACCUGACAAUCAUCACCCUCACGCUACUGGACUCCCAUCUCCAGACUCCCAUGUAUUUCUUCCUCUGGAACUUCUCCUUCCUAGAAAUUUUCUUUACAACCCCUUUUACUCCUAGGCUACUAUUCAGCAUCUCAACCGGAAACAGGAGCAUCAGCUUUGCUGGCUGCUUCACUCAGUAUUUCUUUGCCAUCUGCAAACCCCUGCAUUACACGACCAUCAUGAGCAACAGAGUCUGCAUCCAGUUGGUUCUCUGCUCCUGGCUGGGGGGAUUCCUCAUCAUUGUAUCCCCAAUCGUCCUAACCAGUCAACUGGAUUUCUGUGCCUCCAACAUGCUGAAUCAUUAUUAUUGUGACUAUGGACCUCUCAAAGAAAUAUCCUGCUCAGACACACGACUCCUGGAACUGGCUGACUUUAUCUUAGCAGUUGUGACCUUGGUGGUCACCCUGGUGACGGUGAUUCUCUCCUACGCAAACAUCAUCUGGACCGUUCUGAAG